GUUUGAUGAAUGAAGCGGUAAAGGUUGCUGCUGCUAUCAUCAUUUUAGCUUUGGGGGUGGCGGUGUGAUCAAUCAUGAACAGGGUUCUUGGUGUACGGCUCUGCCGAAAUGUGGCAGCAUCACUUCGCCCCACCAUUACUGCACAGCCACUUACAGUGGCGCCAGUCGGUCAUUGCCAACCACUGACUACCACAGCAGCUACAGAGCCUUGUGUGGCUAUUGUGGGCGCUGGACCAGCUGGCUUCUAUACAGCUCAGCAGAUCAUCAAGAGGACACCCGGCUGCCGUGUGGACCUGUUUGAGCGGCUGCCGGCGCCGUUCGGUCUGGUCCGGUACGGCGUGGCGCCCGACCACCCGGAGGUAAAGAACGUGGAGCACUCGUUCAGCCAGACGGCCGCACUGCCCGGCGUCCGGCUGCUAGCGGACGUCACCGUGGGCGAGCACGUGUCGGUGGCAGAGCUGCGCGCCGCCUACGACGCCGUCGUGCUGGCGUACGGCGCCGACCAGGAGCGGUCGUUGGGGAUUCCCGGCGAGGAGCUGGCCAACGUGACCUCGGCGCGCCGCCUGGUGGGCUGGUAUAACGGCCUGCCCGGCUGUCCGGCGCCGGCGGACCUCAGCGCCGAGCACGCCGUCAUCAUCGGCAUGGGCAACGUGGCGCUGGACGUGCUGCGCAUCCUCACCGCGCCCCUGGACAUGCUGAAGGAGACAGACAUCACGGAGAACGCGCUGUCGGCGCUGGCCGAGUCCCGUAUCCGGCACGUGACCGUGGUGGGCCGGCGCGGCCCGCUGCAGGCGGCCUUCACCAUCAAGGAGCUGCGCGAGCAGCUGCAACUGCCGGGCGUGACGGCGCUGUGGGACGACUUCCCGGCCGACCAGCUGGAGAAGCAGCUGCCCGACCUGCCCCGUCCCCGUCGCCGGCUCACGGAGCUGAUGGUGAAGGCGGCUCGCGACCGGCGGUCGCCCGCCGACGGCCGCCGCUCCUGGAGCCUGCGGUUCCUGCGCAGCCCGCUGGAGGCGCACGGGGACGCCGCCGGACGGGUGGCGGAACUGCGGCUGGCGGUGAAUAGACUGGACGGGGAUAAGGUGGCGGCGACGGGAGAGACGGAGCGACUGCCGUGUCAGCUGCUCAUCACCAGCACCGGGUACAAGGGCCAGUCGAUAGACCCCGACUUACCGUUUGACGCCGACCGAGGAGUCAUCCCAAACACUAACGGACGCGUCACGGGGAUACCAGGCGUGUACGCCACGGGCUGGAUCGGCACCGGACCCGUCGGAGUCAUCGUCUCCACCAUGACGGCCAGCUUUGGCGUGGGACGGCUGGUUUCGGACGACCUGGCCGCCGGUCGGCUCGGCGGCAGGAGUUCAGAGCCGGACCAACUGCUGGAGACGAUCCGUUCCAGGGGUGUUCGCCCAGUGGGUUUCGCCGACUGGCUGCGGCUGGACGAGGCGGAAACGGAGCGCGGACGGCAGACCGGAGCGCCGCGACAGAAGGUGACCUCAGUGGAGGAGAUGCGACGCAUCAUCUGGGCGGAGCGCGACCAGUAGCACCUGCUGCGGCAGAAACACCGUCCGCGCCAGUAUUGCCGUCCCGCGGCGCGCGGGACAACCCGGGGCUUCCAGCCGGUGUCCCGUCUGCGACUGUGCUGUGCUUUGAGCUCGAUUAGACUGCUGACUCCGUUUGCACGGACUAUAGUCUGAGCUCGAUCGGACUUUCUGUCUGAGCUCGCUCUCGCUGCCAAUUACUACAGUCUGUCGCACACCUAGCUGCUGUUGGCAGUGCUUGUUUAGUAGUGCGCUGAUGGCUUCAGCUGUACAGGGUGUCUCAAAAGUUCGCUUACAGGUACCAGCCAUGCUUUUUUGUCAAUAAUUCUGAAUCAACAUGAAAUUAACAGUCGAAAUUUUGCAUGGGCAUUGGUAACAACCUUCCUCAAGCAGCUUCAUUGUUUUCAAGCGCAUUCGACCCUUCAUGAGCUCACAAAAAGGGUUCACCUCUGACCAUGGAUCAGGCAUGAAAAUGGAGGUCGCAUACUCGGGUCGGCUGAGAAACUCUCUGCUUCACGAGUAAUGGGAAUGGUUAGGUCGGAAAUGACACAUGGCAAAGUGUCGGCGAGGAUGAGUACAACAUGAUGGUCAUCUAAUAAAAACGGUGGCUAAAAUUUUUGAAGGACAAAACCAUGCGAGACUAACAGCGCUUUGAACGACCCUUGUACCGCAGCAGACUCGUGCUCCGGAAAGCAGCUGAAAAUGAAGUCAUAACUAUUGAAAACUGACUAGAAGCUCACAGACAGAGGUUACCCAGUUUCAAAAAUUGCAGGUCAUCAUAAAAUAAAGACAAAAUAUCAUUUAAAAUUGUUUAUAAUAUCUAUAACGCUAAAUUUUGAGGGAAAAUAAUGCGAAAAUCGUCAAUGCCGAGGACAAGUGACCCUCCAAAAGUGUCAAUUAAUGUAAAGUUUUAUCUAACGAAGUUUCAAGAGGCAGAUCUGGAGCAAAUAGCUUUCUUUUACACACAAAAUCCGGACAAAACCGCACGAUGGACAGGUUUUGGCCGUUUACAAAGCAGAACCUCUCCUGAGGAAAACACUCCAAAACCCAGCGAAGGUCUUGGCAUUGGGAAUGACGAGCGUUCGGGAUUUGCAAAUUUUGCAAAAUGUGUCUAAAAAACAGAUGGCCGACACAUUCUGCUACGAUAUGCUGCGAAAAAUUUGCCCCUGGCACUUCCCAUUUGUUCAGGAAUGGGGUUGUUUUGAAAAGGAAAAUGGUGCUUGGGAGGUCAGCGCCAGUCAUUCAUGAAGGAGUUAGCGCCAGAGAAGACCUACAAAAUACUCACGGAUGGUGUCGAUGCAAGCUAUCGGCUUUCAGGGAGAAGCGGAUGUUGCCGGGGAGCUCGUCAAACCUAAAUCCGACGCAGAAACUGCAGGGGAUUCCCCUACAAGAGCUUGAAAGCUGGUAACCUUUUAUCAGCCUCCGGCAGCUGACGGAGUGACGAAAAUCGGUAUGGGCAAAUAUUUUUGGAGAUACAGCAAAGGGUUUGGUUUCCAACCUUCCGAAUCAGUUGUCAAAGCAUGCAUAUUUGUCUAGUGUACACACGGACACCAAAACCUUAGAUUUUUGGCCGGUUCUUAUAUGCUUUAUUGACAUGGGAAAUGUGUAAGCGAACUUUUGAGACACCCUGUACAACGUGCGGUGAAGGCGAACGGACGGUCUCUUAAGGGCGAGCCACCGUGAAUCUGAAGGGGACCAGUCGCCGCGCAGACAGCGGCUGCGACAAUGCAGCUAGCGAUGGCCGAUAGAUCACCAUUGUAGCAGAUCAUACCCGUCAAGAAAUGCUCAUAGAAGGGAUACUAUUGUGACUUGUUGGGUUUUGAAUGCAAUUGUGAUGUCAAUUCAUAUCGAACAAUAGGUAGCGAUUGAAGGCAAACAAUUGAAGUGCAUUUUACAUUCAUCCUCAUACACGAUUCGUAUUCGCAUCUACCGUUUAGUGAGUGCUUUAGCGAUGUCGAGCGCGCAGGAUGGAAGACAAGUAGCUGCAAAGACGUGCGAUUCGAGAGGUUUGUGCUCUGACAGGUGGCGCGUUCAUUUAUUCGAACGCUCCACGACCCAUACAGUAUUACUUCAUAUUGAGUCCUGUGCAAUUAGUGCUUCAUUGUUAGAAUCGACUGUAUUAUGCACAGUCAGUGAGUUGGUGGUCGAACGUGACUAUGAUCUGGCCCGCUCAGAACGGGUCGUACUGAACUUGCUGGAUGUGCUGAAUCUAGAAGCGCCUUAGGCUGUGGAAAAGGUGAAUGACUGAGGCUAUUCAGCUGUUACAAUUAGCCACUUUUUUGUGAUGCUUUGUACUCAGAUGUUACGAAUAUACUUUAUACGACAGCCUA